CUCCUGCAUUGGUACCCAACUUACCACAUUUAAUUCUUUCUUUCGCAAUAUAAACCUGAACCGCAAAAUGUUUCACAGUCUCGCUGAACGAGUUUGCUCAAGAUAACUCAAUAGGUAAAUCUAUCAUUUUCCAUCUUGGACCCGGUUACUCAGAUGUGACACCCUCUAAUGGGCAUCUUGCCAAUGGAUUUUCUCUCGCCACACGGAAUGCUGAUGCGGACAAAAAGAAAGCGGUAAUAUAUACCAGAAUGGCAGAUAUUGCUCGUGGGCCAUGGCGCUUUGCCCCAUCGAAGUGGAGAGUCGGUGACCGUGUCCAUGUGAGACUUAAAAACGGUGGUGUGGCCGGUCCCUUUACCGUGACUGCUUGCAUUCCUCCAAAAGACAGAACAGACUCUUGGCGCUACGAGAUUGCGGACGAAACUGGUCUGAAAGUAGACUCCCCCAAGUAUGAGCAAUACACACUCGGUUCGAACUUACCUAGCUCUUCGAAGUCUGGGAUCAUAGAGGACGACAUCAGAAGACCAGAACCGGAGAUUUCUACCUCUAAGGAUCACGGCUUACAGUCAGAGAGUCUUACCAAUGAAGGUGGAUACCCCCAAUCCCCUCUGACUUAUCAUAUCACGGAUUCCGGGUAUGGUGGCUCGGGUGCAAGCAAGUUUUCAUCCAUCAAUAAAGCAUUAGGGCUACCGUCCACUUUAGCUACAUCUGUAACGGGUGACGUAUCGGCGUCAGGUGCUGCUUCGACUCAAUUCGAUGCUCGGACAGUGUACUCAGACACUGCGAGUCUAGCAGAUCCAACAUUACUCGAAUAUGUAGCAGCUUUUGGAAACGAGCUAUCAGGAUCUUUACCAUCCGAUUUCGACAAAUUAAACUUUGAGAAAGUAUCGCCGUUCCUGGAUGAGCUUCUCCAGACAUUCGCUUUGAAAAUGAGCAGCGAUGGUGACACACAGGAACAUCGGAGUCUCACAUAUCUGAUCUAUCGUUACCGAAGCCAGAUCACAGAGAAUCUCCGUCAACGGUACGAUGAUUUAGCCGAGCAGGAUGACAAACGACCCACGACUGACGACGAAAUGACCGUUGAAGAUAAGAUGGAACUACUCUGGGGCAACGUCAACCUUGAUACAAACAUCGAGGACGCGUUUGACCAUGGAGUUGAUAAUAUCCCAGAAGACGAAACCUAUGAUGAAACAAUCCAGCUUCCCCACCUGGAUAGAUAUCAAGAACUCAUCAAAAUGUCCCCAGCCUAUGAAUGGCUUACGUGGAAGAUAGGCACUUUGUGUCGCAUAGCGUGCCCAGGCACGUACAACGCCCAAGAGAUAGUCAGAAAUCGCAUCCUGCGCGGCAUCAAUGCUGAGAAGCAUUUCCAUAGAGGAAAACCGCCAAUGGUAGCCGCUCAGUACGUUGUUCUGUUUGAUCCUUUUGAGUUCCAUGCGAAACAACAGUACACAUGCAACGUCGCAGAGGUCCUAGCGAAAGCAAUCACUAUUACUGGAGAGGGAAACAACGUACAGGCUGCCACAUGUCUGGAAUAUAUUUCCCAGACAUGGGGAUCGCCAGGUAUCUCUCUUCUCGCCAUUCUCGAAUUGGCCCUCAAUCAUCAUCUAGAUGGCACUCAUACCUUUACGAGCCCAUAUUCAACGAUAAUUUCACCUGCUGAUGUUACUAUCUCUGCAAACUACUCUAACGGAAAGUUUGAGGUGUUAGCUUUGGGAAUACCAUAUUCUGUCGCAGAAGUUGGAGAAGUCCUCACGUGGCUCGCAUCUGCUUUACAAUCCUCACCAUCGGAUCGCGCGGCUUCGUGCAAUCCCUGUCAUAAAGUCAAAGUUGGAUCCCUACUAGAUGGCACUCUUCAAGUGGAGAUUAAUUCCAGUAACUCCAUCGCGGACGAAUUUGUAGACGAUGUUGCCCAACGGUCCUCGAGAAUGGACCCUGAUCAGACGGGAAGUUGCUGGUUGCAAUGCUUCAGAAACCCAAUGAUUGUUGAAGGAUAUCCUAUUCUUCGUCGAUAUCGGGAUGAUAGUGGCCUUGAGGUUUCCCUCGAUAUCAUGCUAGAACUCACCAGCGCGAACUUCCUGGUCGACUUUUCUCGACGUACAGUCCUAAAAGGUUUCUCUGUGAUGUUGGCGUUGAUGGAGAAACGGGAUUCAACAAUCCUAUGGCAUAUGUUCUUCAAUGAACCCGGGGCUUAUAUAUCCUAUGAGGAUAUCCGAGUCCCCAGGCUCGAUUAUCACGAAACGGAACAUACUGUGACCCCUGAUGUAUUGGCUAAAAGUCGUCACAUUUUGGGAUGGUGUAAAGAAGUUUCUUGCUUAGCUGGAACCAAGCAUGCAAGCUACGAUAUUGACUGGUCGGGGCUACGUAAGCCUCACAGUUUUUGCGCAUUUGAUAAAGUGUCCAUCUCUGCGGGAAAGUAUCUAAGCGUCGGAGCUUCGCUAUCGAUCGGGAUUAAAGACAAGUCAGAGCACGUAAGCUUCGAAGAUGAUUACCUAUCGACUCUUCUCAUGAUAUCUGAGAGGUUCUUCUUGAUAUAUGAUGUUGAGGAGAGGCGCGCUUGGCUCCUUGAUGGCGUUACUACCUUGCUUCAUCUUCUAAGAGCUUUCAUCAAGUAUUCCCAAGACGAUUCCUUGCUCCAAGACUUCUUUAUCUUGAAUGAAAAUGAUAUUCAGGAAGGUUCAGACGACAAAAAGGGAAGAAUGGCGUCAUUCAGCAUACUGGCCAACGAAAAGAAUCAGAGGCUACCAUUGUGGCGGAAGACAAUGGUGCCUACGGAGGAAUACACCAUGAAAGAUGGCGAUAAGACUGAAGAGGCUUUGAAGCUCCAGACUUCCUAUUUUUGCUUCAAAGAUAGAGUGCUCCAAAUUUGCCGUCUGCUCCAGCAAGCUACAGCACAUCAUGAUGAUGUUCACACCCGCGAUGGUGUUGGAGCCAGGAUCAAGGGCACACCAAGACGUCAGCUAGAAGGAUUUGACUUCAUGGAUGUUGCUACUCAUCAAGGUACUCUCUGGCCGAAAGUCGGCGAAAUUCAUGCUUGGGGCGAAGGUUGGGUAGAUUUUACAAGAGAGCUUCACUGUGCAACUCUUUUUGGGGUCGGAUUUGGCGAAUUGAUGCGGGGGGUAGGAUUGCCGUGCGAACUCUGCAUGUCAAAUGUCCCCCAGGGGCCUGAUCUGCUCGCGGUCACUUGCGCCGAUCUCCAACGCAUCAUCAAGAGGAAAGGCGACAAAAGGGGGAGAGAAGGAGCCCCACGCAGAAUAAUCGAGGACAUCUAUUGGUACGUCCCAGAAAAGCUAUUUGAUGAUUGCACGUGUAGUCAAUACAUUGGAAAACCCCAGAGCGAUCGAGUACAGGUAUUCAUACCGACGUCACAUCCCAAAGCGUGGGGCAAAGGAGGUCCGAACUUGUAUUUACCGGAAGACGGUGCGAUUCUAGUUGGGCACAGUUUCAAAUUCCCACUUCGCUGGGGCUUUGCGAGAGAACCAGAGAAAGUACAGCCAGAAGUACCGACCAAACGCCGCAUUACUCUGCAACGUGAUAGUGGAAUAGGCUCGAGUGGAUCAUCAGCAAGCGCAAAGAGUCAGGAGUCCUUGAAGCAUCGGCAUGAGAACGUGGCAAGGCAUUCGCUUCGUGAGCUCAACGAUCGGAAAACUCCACCCUUGGGCUCUAGCCUAUAUCUUCAUGCAAACUAA